AUGAAGUUUGGGAAGUUAAUUUACCAGCUGAAGAAAUACCUCUACAGCUUCCAGAACCUGCACUUGGCAUCGACUUUGCCAGAGAUGGAAUGCAUGAAAAAGAUUGGCUUCCUCAUAUUGCUGUCCACAGUGAUGCGUAGUUACUUUCUGUCUCCUUUUACUUUGGUUCAAGAUUUCUAUAAGCUGACAGGUAUUAUCCUUUCUUUCUUGAUUGGUCUGUAUUCUCUUCUAACCUGGAAGCGCUUGUUCAACAUGUACAUGAUCAAUGAGGUUGCUACUACAUUCGAAGCUGUAACCGGAAGUUCAAGAAAAAAACAAAAACAAAGGGAAAACCCUCAACAGAAAAUCAAAAUGAGAGAUUUAGAUGGCAAAAGUUCAAAUACAAUACAAGCCAUGGAAAAGAAAGACGAACACGGUGAUACCUUGUCUGGAGCUUGUGGAGAUAACUAUGCUUCUGCCUUCUGA